AUGGCAACUAUCGACUAUUACCAGAAACUCACUGAAGAGUAUAACCUCAACAACACACCUCUUCUUGUCGCUUCGGGAGUCAGCUUCGCUGUGGGAUACAUGCAAUAUGUCUACGCUAUUAGAGUCUUACUGCGUGAAGGCAAUGGUCCCAUUCCUUUCUGGAUGCAUUCCUUCUAUCUCGCCCAUGACUCUACGUGGUCUUACAUCCUUGGGAAAGCUGCAUCAAGAUAUGACGAGCAUUGGUUUCUACGAGGAACAUCAACGGCUUUGUUUGUAUGGACCACCCUCGAGAUUUUCUGCAUUCAUCGUUCCAUCACCAAGACCCGCAAUGCGUGCUUCGCUUCCGUUCUUGGUCCGAACCCUUCCCUGGCCUCUGUUCUUCCCUAUGCCGUGUUUCUCCAGAUGGCCAUGUACUGCGUUGUUUGGUUCGGAAUCAUCCUGAUGGGCGAAGGUUGCGUUAUGCAGUGGUUCUGCUUGACAAACGUCCUCAUUAUUGUCGGCCCAACACACGAGUACCUCCGACGUGGCUCGCGAGACGGUCUCGCGCUGGGAUUCUGCCUCGUCAACAUCAUCUGCGCUAUCUGGACCUUCACACCAUUCAGCAUGUGGGCUCUCACCCUUCCCGAGAUCUUUGUCCAGCCCAUGUACUACUGCGCUGGCUGUUUCAUGUUCCUGUACUCUCUCUGGGCAUUCUACAUUGUCUACAGUUACCCAGCCAAGAAGCCCUCAAAGAAGGAUCCAUCCCCCAUUUGGUAA